CAAGUGCCUGGUAGGACAAGUCAUUUGGUAGUUGAGAGACAAGCAAUGUACACAACGUGGAAGCGGCUACAACACUAUAGGGUAUAGUGUGGGUUACAAGUGACAUAGAAAUCGACUCCUCCAGUAUUGCAGGAAAAUCAUUUUUGAGCAUAAAGGAUCCGAGAGACUGUGAUGGCUGCUGCAAACAAGAGGGGCAAACUAAGUGUGAAGAGUCCGAGGGGCAGGUUGGGACAGCCACAUUUCUUGAAAGCCUUUCUGCAGGAAAGGCAGAAAGACGAGGUCGACAGCCCUGUUCUACAAGCGACUGCUAUAGAGCAGGUCUCCACCACUGCUCGGGAGACGUUCAGCGAAGCUUUGUGGAAGGAGAAUUUGGAUCUGGCUGAACAAGCAUGGGAUACCCAGUACAUCAAGGGCAUCGCAUCUGGAACCCUCGACCCAAGGGACUUUGGACACUACACGGUUCAGGACGCUGCAUACUGCAACGCUUCCACCCACAACCUCAAGUUCCUUAUGGAUACGAUCAAACACCGGUCUCUGCGACAAUUCUUUGAGGGCCAGUACAAAGGCUACAAGAAGUACACACAAGAGCUGUACGAUCAGUGGUUUCUCAAGCCGGAUGGCGCAGACCUCGGUGAAGCUGCCCAGUGGUAUGUGAACCUUGAGAACAAGGUGGCGCAUGAGGAGGGGGGCCCCUGUACUACCUGGUGGCCAUGAUUCCGUGUCUUCGGCUGUGGCCCUACCUGGCCAACAAGAUGAAGAGGGCCAACAAGAUGAAGGAUGAGGGCGACGACAAGGACUCCAACGUCUACAAGUUCUGGAUUGAUGAGAAUGACAGUUACCACAGUGCCGAGGAGGUUGAGGCAGUUGUGAACGCAUAUAGUUCUCUUAUUAACCACCAGAAGGCCAGUAAGAUCUACCGCGAGUGCAUGUUUGGGGAGGUCACCUUUUUCAGGUCCGCCUGUGGUGAAUCGCUUCUGGUUAUCCCUCUGUAAAGGAGUCAAGGAGCGUGCAUAUGGGUAGACCCACCGUCCCCAUCAGCAUGUAUUGCGGACACAGAGCUGUCUUCAAAGUUAAAGCAAUUUUUGGGAUUCCAAGAAAUAGAAGUCAGUGCUUGUGAAAGGAUAAUGAAACCUAAUGUCGUGAUCGCUGUUCUAAGGAUUAUAAUGUCUGUAUGAUUGCUAGUGUGUUGAAUGCUUUUAUUGAACAAGCUUAAGACGUAAUGGAAAAAUUCCUGCACCUGCACUUAAGGUCCUGCACAAUAAACUUUUUAGCAGAGA